AGGAGGGCGUGACAAAGAAAAACGGGAGGAUCUGUUACACCGGCAGAGUAAGAAACGCGCGAAAGCAAUUUAUAUAGCAGAGCACACAACUGCACGGAAAAAAGCAAUCUCGGUGAAAGUUCCAGAGCUCUAUCAUUGCAUGGAUCAUCUUUGAGAGAACAUUUAACAAUUCAGAUACAGUCAGAUUAAGAAUGGCUGAAGUGAAAUCUCGCCUAACCAGAGAAGAGCAACAGCAGCUGCUGCGUUUGUUGGGAAGCAAGCACAUUAGUUUGCUCUAUAAGGCAAGCAUUCAUGGUUAUGCUGCCCAAACCUUUCAUAACAUAUGCAACCGCCAAGGCCCAACUGUAGUAGUGGCCUACAAUGGAAGUGGUUACAUUUUUGGAGGCUUUACUGCGCAUAGUUAUACGUCAUCUGGAACAUAUAUCAAUGAUGACAGAGCUUUCCUCUUUAGACUGAAAGGGAAAGAGUCCAGUCCACUAAAAAUCCCAGUAAAGGUUUCCCAAAAUGCAGUAUGUGAUAAUGCUACAUAUGGUCCUUAUUUUGGAGCUGGAUCACUUAUAUUCUUGUCACAAAAUAGAGCAGAAGUAGCUACAAACACUAACACUGCCACCUACUCAUUCUGUGCUGAAGAUUUACACGGAAAUGACCAGGGCCUUCUGGAAUGUGAAGUAUAUCGAGUUGAUGAUGUUGGUCAUUUUAUGGAAGUUCCCUGGAGAAAGAUCGGAUGGACAGCUGGGGAAAGAAAUAAACUGAUGGAAGAAAUAACAACUUACAAGCCCUCCUUGAAAUCCGUGCCACAGCUUCGGGUUCUGUUUCUUGGCCCAGUUGGAGCUGGGAAGUCCAGCUUUUUCAACUCUGUGAAUUCCAUUUUUCGGGGCUAUGUAAUAAGUCAAGCUACUGCAGGAUCGGAUGCCAAAAGUGUGACAACGCAGUAUAGGUCCUAUGGAGUUAAAUAUGGACGUAAUGGAAAGCUGCUUCCCAUCCUUUUCUGUGAUACUAUGGGACUAGAAGAAAAACAAGGAGCUGGUUUGGAGAUGAAUGACGUGUCCAAUACAUUAAAAGGCCAUGUUCCUGAUAGGUAUCAGUUUAAUCCAUAUGCUGGUAUGCAACCAAAUGUGCCAGGCUACAUCAAGAACCCGUCUCUGAAAGACCAAAUUCAUUGUGUUGUAUUUGUUCUCGAUGGCUCCAAAAUUGAGAUUCUCCCAGAGGAACUAGAAGAAAAGCUGAGAGAAGUUCGACGGCAAAGCAAACAAGCAAAUGAGUUUGAUGUGCCACAGCUGGUUAUAUUAACGAAAGUGGAUGAAAUUUGCCCCCGUCUUCUGGAAGAUAUUUCAGAGGUGUACAAAAGCAAGGCUGUUGAGAAGCAGAUGCAGUUAACAGCAGAAAGACUUGGCAUCCCACUGUCUCAAAUUGUUCCUGUUAAAAAUUACCAUUCAGAGCUGGACCUUAGAGAUGAUGUCGAUAUCCUGAUACUCAUGGCAGUGAGGCAGAUGCUGCGCCUCUCGGAAAGCUACUUUGACAAUUUUCCUCUCGAUGAAAGUACUGUGGUGAAUGCUAAGGAGAGGAGAAUGAAUAAUCUUUCCAUGAAGAAUGAAUUAUCUGAAUAGAUCUGUUUAUUGAGGCCAGUUACUGUAUAUUUCUCUUUUUUGUUUUAGAUCUCUGAUAUGUAAUCAUGAGCAGGUACCACUCUGUUAAAGUACAGAACUUAUACGUUUCCUAAUUUCCUAGUCCUGGCUAUGCUGUUCAUUCUUCAUAGAGUCUGUCUGUUAAUUUUGAUCCUUGCUCUGAUUGACCUUUGAAUGGGCAGAUUUUGUCCCCUCAUCAGUGCUGAGGUCUUUUGUUUUAUUGUAUUGUCACCAGAGGAAGCUGGAUGAUGAAAGUUUGCUGAAAGAUCCGUUCCUUUAUUGCCUCAGUAGGCUUUUUGUAUAAUCAAACUCCAAACCCAAGCUUAAAAGUUUUAUUCAAAGACUUCAGACAUUUAUGUAGACUGGUAAAUGUAUAGCAAAAGAUACAUAAAAUGAUAGGUGUGUGGCAAAAAAAUACAUUAAAAUAUAAGCAUAAGCAAAAUUAUAACAUUCUAACAAGCAUAAGAUGUGUGGCCCUAAAUGGCUUGGGCCCAGAAGAAGAGCUCCUUCUGUUUCAGGAUCCCUGCCGCUUAUUAAUAUUUUUGGGAGAGGUCCGCCUGUGGCUUGUCUGGUGACAACUCAGGGUCCUUUUCUAUAGCUGCGCCAAGACUCUGGAACCAACUCCCUAUUUUUGUAAGAACUUCCCCAUCUCUAACAGGUUUCAAAAGAGCACUCAAGAUGCAUCUAUUCCACCAAGCUUUUGAUCAGCUGUAAGCUGUUUCUUAUGGUUGUUAUUGUUCAAUUGGUUAAACUGUUUUAAUGUUUGGUUUUAAUUCUGGUUUUAUUGUUUUUCUUGUAAACUGCCAUGAGACAUUUGUAUGAGUUGGCAUAUAAAUGUAAUAAAACAAACAAAGCAAAAUAA